UAACUGAAAAGAAUUUUACCGUUUAUUGUCAGUGUUUUUCCGGUGCGUUUUAAUUUGUAUAAUGUGUGGAAAUUUGUAAAACUUUUGACAGAGACGCAAAAUUUAAGGAGAAUUCUAGAAUUUUUCUUCGUUUCAUGCUAAAAAUUGAUAACGUGUGUUUUGUUGGUGGCCUAUAGCACUAAAACGUAUCAAACAAAUCAACUGGAGCAGAAAUCCAACAUUGGCGUCGACUUGUCUGAAGGAAAAGUGGAGGCAAUUUUUAAACGAAUUGCAGAACUGAAUUCAUGUGUUUAUGUGUAAUUUUUUUUGCUGAAUGUUAUGGGGAACUCGAUCUGGUCUAGGGACGAAAUAACACUAUAUUCGGAGGCCCACAAACUGCAGAUUACCAUACGUUUUUUGUGCAUCGAAAUCUCUUACGAAAUCCGCAGAUUUUCGUUCCUUGAUGACGCUUGUAAAAGAGCAGACGUGGAACACAUAUGCAAACUUUUAAUCGCCAAACCCGACCCCCACGCACAUAGAUAUGCUGGCUUCUUAUCUGGGUUUUCCUUAGAAGAGCUCCAAAAACACGAAAACUGCGAGCUACUGCUAGACAUUGUUUUCCCGUACGCUUUCGAGGAUGAUUGUGCCGUCACGUUCAAAACCAUGAUCCUGGCGAUGUGCUGGAACUCCUCGUUCUUCUCGCGCCUCAUGGCAGUCGUCAAAAAAGUGACUUACAACAACGCCGCACUGAAUUGCUUCUGUCGCCAUUUCGACCUCUUGAUAAAAAAACACUUAAUAAUUUUCUUGGACAAGUUCGAACACGUCGUGAAAGCCGCAAUCGACAAGAACUUCUUUUAUAGGAUAAAACUCCCAUCUCGUGUGUCCGACACCAACAUGGAUCAAUAUCUGGAAAUUAUAGACAUGGUUUUGUCCCGGGAGUGUCUUUGUCGUGAACUCAUACACGCCAAAAGGGAAGUCGUUAGAGUUCCUUCCUAUAUAACCGACCCAGAAUUCACCAACAACACCAUCACGCAGUUCAUCGCGUCGUUCAGCUCCGUCUUCGACGAAGACGAAAUCACGAAGAGGGUUCUCCUGAUGGUGUCUUAUGACCUCCGCGUGACUCUCCACGACCUCAACUUCGUCUAUUAUAAAUACGGUUACAACGAUUUGUUCCGGAUUUUGUUGCACAUGGACGUGUACGAUAACGUGAGCUCGAAAGAACUGCUGUCGGUGAUGGUUUAUCUACAUUAUAAACCAGGAGUGGACUUCCACGACCCGAAAUUUAUCCAGUGUUUGAAACACCACGCUGGUGUCGCGCCUGUGGUUGUCCACGAUUCUGACGUCCAUUUCGAGAAUGACUCCAAAGUGUACGAGAAGUUCAAACUCAGAGAGUUAGAAACGGUUUUGUGUAAUAAGACGAAUUCGCUGGAUACGCUUUUCGAUUAUUUCAACCAAGAGGAACUGAAGGAGUUGUGUUUGGGUUUAUGCGAAAGGAAAAACUUCGUGGAGAAAGUGAUGAGGCUGCCGAGGGUUUGCUCUUUGGUGGAAUUGAGCAGAAAUGUUGAGACAAGAUUGAUUGUGGAGGGACUUGGUGUGUCGACUGCGAAGGAAUUCCUCACAGUUUUGAACGGACUUCGUGUUGACAAGACGGCGAAAAGUGUUUUGGCUUUGGAGAGGAAAAUAUAUCAGCGCGAGUAAGCGAGCGAAGCGAGCAAUACGACAGCGUUCGCACUUUUAUGUAUCCAAAAUGUUUGAUUAUAUUUGUAAGCUGUUGUUAUGUAGCCCUGGAGAGCACUAAAUCUAAAGUCGGGGCCUUAAUGGUAACAGAUGAACUCUAUAUGGGUUGUAUCUAAAGUGUUUCAAUAGUGUGCCUAAAAUUUAGAUACGUUUGAAUUUUUAAAGUUAAAAAAAAAAGUUUUAUAGGGUUUUCUGCAUUUUGCUGUAACAUUUUAUUGUUGUUAUAUAAA